UGCCCGGUAACUCGGUUAUGAUGUGCUUUGCACACUUGAAAGAUUCAACAAUCAUUCCAGCAUGAUGCGUCAACCCCCUGUCCCCCCCUUCUUUUCUCUGGAGUGACCGAUUCUAACAAUGGACGUGACCCAUGCGGGUGAAGACGAGCAUCAGAAUGCAAGCAUAGACCUCACCCCCCUUUGUUGCCAGGGCUUGUGCCUGGUCACUAUUGGCCGAGUGAUCAUCACCCGAUGCGUUCAUGGAUCGCGUUCUUUGGGACUGUCAUUAUCACCAUGCUUCCGGAGAUUUACACUCCGGUUGCUGAUGAUCUGACGCUAAGGACUAUGUCGAGAUCUAUCGGGAUAGAUUCCCCGACGGGCCCACAAGUCCGAACCAGGAAGCGCGAAGACCUACCGGGAGAACAACCCAUCGCGAAGAAAUUGGGGUGGAUCUUAUCUUGGAAACGAGCCAUUCCGAAGAAAAUUUGAUAAGAUGGGUGGCGAUCAACAUGUGACACAGGCAUUCCCAGUCAUGCUUCCGUGGAUAAAGCCGAAACUUCCCCACCGGCGCAUCCACGCUCUGUGAUGCACCGUGUAUGCGCAUUUU